AAGAAAAUGUCAAAAGAAUCUGUAAACAAGAACGGCGUGCAAAUGUUUUCUUGAAAAAUAUUUUUAAUUUUAUAAUAGAUUGCAUUUAUUAGAAUUAAAAACAUGGACGGAAUCAGCUUUGAUUCGAUGAACUACCUUCCGGACGAUUCCUUCGUAAUUGAGUGCAAUGAUGAUUUUGGCGGAAUCUGCGAAGACAUUGUGCGGUUGGCGAGUGCAACACAUUUUGUGGAUCAGCUGAACGACCCAUCGAAACAUAUAUCGGGAAACGAGAGCCCACCCAGCAAUACUUACUAUUCUUCCGUCAGAUGUUUCGACAAAGAAAUGCCUUCACUGUUCUCCGAUAUGGAGUACCUGACGGAGGUUUCACCUGAGACGGAAAUGGCAAUAACACCGACUCGUACUGUCCCUGUUGCUGUGAACCCUAGCGAAUUUUCCUGGAUUCGGAAGAGGACGACCAGUGAACAAAAGACUGACGCUGUUUCGAGGCUAACAGAACAGAUAUCUUAUCCAACGCAGGAAAGCACAAUAUCGGAAUCUUCCAAUGCUAGCAAUCGGUACCUUAGUUCCACUAAUUAUAGAACAAUAUUGCAGAAUUAUAUUCAGAAGGGCAAACGGAAACUGGAAGCAAGCUCUUAUUCCAAGAUGAAGGCAACCGUCGUUAGCGUAAAAUCUGGCACUAACUCAACUUCCCUGAUCGAAACUGUAACCUGCGCUUCCUAUAAUAUCAAUUCUCGAAGUUCCACUGCCAUCGCCGGCACCAGUAACAUUAUGCGCCGGCAACAACCGGACGUUCGGAUACAACCGGCGGCAAACGAAACCAUGCCUAACUACCGCUGCCAGGACUGCAACUCGUGCUUUCUGUCUGUGGAGCGUCUCAAGAAGCACACCUGCAUCAUCACGGAGCAGUAUCAGUGUCAGCUUUGUCGGCGUGAGUUCCGGAAGCGAAAAACCUUGGAGCAGCAUAGCAGGUCCCAUGACAAGGUAUUCUCUACUGACGAUGAUCUACGCAAGUGGUGAUUUUUUCCGCAAUUCGAAUAGUGUUUAAAAAUGUUCGCUCGAAGUGUUUUUUUAGUGUUUUAACAGUAAAUUUGAGGCUGAUAAGCAUAGCUAGUUGUUAUUAAUAUUUGAAUUGUA